AUGGACGACCUUUACGAUGAGUUCGGUAACUUUAUCGGCGAGCCCGAAGACUCAGACAUCGAACAGGAACAAGAUGUCGAUGCCAACGACUAUCUCUACGACCAGGACGAGCAGGACGAGGGAGCUGCUGCAAACGACCAGCAGUUGAUGGAAGUUGACGACGAAGGACCCUCGAAUGCCGUCGUUCUCCACGAAGACAAGCAAUACUAUCCUACAGCGCAACAAGUCUACGGGCAGGAUGUCGAAACUCUGGUUCAAGAGGAGGAUACACAGGCUCUGUCACAGCCCAUCAUUGCUCCCAUCGUCCAGAAGAAGUUCACAGUCGAAGAGGCCGACUUGCCUCCCGUUUUCUUCAGUCGCGAAUUCAUGACCGAUUUGAUGAACUUCCCCAGCCAAAUCCGCAACGUCGCCCUCGCUGGACACCUUCACCAUGGUAAAACAGCUUUCAUGGACAUGCUCGUCAUGCAGACACACAAUAUCCAAGAGAAGCUGGACAAGAGGAAGGGACGCGACCGAGACGAGCAGCUGAGAUAUACCGAUACCCACCUUCUGGAGCGUGAGAGAGGCGUCUCGAUCAAAACUGGUCCCAUGAGUCUGGUCCUGCCCGCUACCAAGGGAAAGUCACAUCUGAUCAACAUGCUGGAUACGCCUGGCCACGUCAACUUUGCCGACGAAGUCGCUGCUUCAUUACGCCUGGUCGAUGGUGUCGUUCUGAUUGUUGACGUUGUUGAGGGCGUUCAAGUACAAACUGAGAUGGUCAUCAAGCACGCUGUUUUGAACCAACUACCGCUGGUCCUGGUCAUCAACAAGAUGGAUCGUCUAAUCCUGGAGCUCAAGCUGCCUCCAGCUGAUGCCUAUUUCAAGCUGAAGCACGUCGUCGAGGAGGUCAACACUGUUAUCGAGAACACCAUCCCUGGCCAAGGUGAAAAGUACCGUGUGAGUCCCGAGAAGGGCAACGUUGCUUUCGCCUGUAGUAUGAUGGGCUGGUGCUUCACCCUUCCAUCAUUCGCCCACAUGUACGCCGAGACUUAUGCUGGAAGCGGUCUGGACGUCCCCGAAUUCAGCAAGAGACUAUGGGGUGAUAUUUACUUCAAUCCUGGAAGCCGCAAGUUCACCCGUCGUGGAACAGAGCCAGCCAGCAAACGCUCCUUCGUCAACUUUGUCCUCGAACCCAUCUACAAACUCUACUCGCACACCAUCAGUGAAAGCCCUGAAGACCUCAAGAAGACCCUGGAGAGUUUAGGCAUCCACCUUAAACCCACACAACUUCGCGCAAACGCAAAGGAUCUUCUGAAAAUGGCAUGCGAGCAGUUCUUUGGUCCUGCAACUGGAUUUGUGGAUAUGGUCGUUGACCACGUUCCGUCGCCUGUUGAAGGAGCCAAGCAGAAGCUUGAGAACUAUUACACUGGUCCCACCGAUACCAAGACAGUCGAAAGUAUGUUGUCUUGCGACCAGGACGGUCCUCUCAUCGUCCAUGUUACCAAGCUGUUUAAUACCGCUGAUGCAAAUGGAUUCAACUCAUUCGGUCGUGUCAUGAGUGGUACAGCACGUCCUGGUCAGAAGGUUCGUGUUUUGGGUGAGGGAUACACAAUCGAAGACGAAGAAGACAUGGUGGAAGCCACGAUAUCUGACGUCUGGAUUUGUGAAUCGAGAUAUAACAUUCCCACUAGCGGCGUCCCUGCUGGUAACUUUGUCCUUCUCGGAGGAGUUGACAACUCUAUCGUCAAGACUGCUACCGUCGUUGCACCUAAACUUCCGGAAGACGAGGAUGCCUACAUCUUCCGUCCCUUGCAACACUUCUUCGAGUCUGUCUUCAAGGUGGCUGUUGAGCCCAUCAACCCAUCUGAGCUUCCCAAAAUGCUUGAUGGUCUCCGCAGAGUAAACAAGUCAUAUCCCCUCAUCACUACAAAGGUGGAAGAGUCAGGAGAGCACGUUGUUCUGGGAACUGGCGAGCUUUACAUGGACUGCGUCUUGCACGACCUGCGCCGAUUAUACGCGUCCAUGGAGAUCAAGGUCUCUGACCCUGUGACCCGCUUCUGCGAGACAGUAGUGGAGACAUCAGCUAUCAAGUGCUAUGCACUAACACCGAACAAGAAGAACAAGCUCACAAUGGUCGCCGAACCUUUGGACGAAGGUAUCGCCGAAGACAUUGAGAGUGGAAAGGUCAACAUCAGAGAUCCAGUGCGCAAGGUUGGCAAAUUCUUUGAGGAGAAUUACGGCUAUGACUUGCUUGCUUCCCGCAACAUCUGGGCGUUUGGACCUGAUGACAUGAGUCCCAACAUUCUACAAAACGACACACUACCCUCAGACGUGGAUCAAAAGCUCCUCAAGAGCGUCAGAGACACGAUCCGUCAAGGUUUCUCAUGGGGUACUCGUGAAGGACCACUCUGUGAAGAGCCCAUCCGCAACACCAAAUUCAAGAUCACCGACAUCAGUCUAGCGCCUGAGGCAAUUCACCGUGGCGGUGGUCAAAUAAUCCCCACAGCCCGCCGUGCAUGCUACAGCAGUUUCUUGAUGGCCAGUCCACGACUCAUGGAGCCAGUCUACAGCUGCUCUAUGAUCGGUAACGCAGACAGUGUAAGCAGUCUGUACACAGUCCUUGCCAGACGCAGAGGUCACGUCCUCUCCGAUGGCCCCAUCGCCGGAACGCCACUCUACAAAGUAUCUGGUCUCAUCCCGGUGAUUGACUCCUUCGGUUUCGAGACUGAUCUCCGCAUUCACACUCAAGGUCAAGCCACGCUGUCACUUGUCUUUGACCGCUGGAGUAUUGUUCCUGGUGACCCGCUGGACAAGAGCAUCAAGUUGAGGCCGCUGGAACCUGCUUCUGCGCAAGCCACUGCGCGUGACUUUGUGCUCAAGACACGCAGGAGGAAGGGUCUGGCUGAGGAUGUCACGAUCAGCAAGUUCCUCGAGCCUGAAUUGUUCAGGAGUUUGAAGGAGAGUGGUAUCUUGGAUCAACCUACGUAG